AUGCAUCAACGCUAUGCAACUAACUUGGAUCAACGCGUCAAAAGAACACAAAAAAAUUCAAAACGGCAGAGGGCAAUGGUGAAUGGUGACAAUAUCAAGAUGAAGAAACGCCCAACCCGCCAUGAACUGAAGCUUAUACUUCGUUUUUCGAUGGUAGUCGUCAUUGUUUUGGCGCUCACUGCAAUAUUAUUGAGAAAAUCCAGCACUACGGAAGAAUUCCAAGUCUUCUCUUCCAAGGCACCUCUUUGUUUGCCGUUGAGUAAUCUGCCAACAUUUACCAUGGUCACACAAUUAUCACAAGACCGUUUAUGGAUGAUGGAGCAUCAUUGUGAAAGGUUUCCUCAUCCCAUUUCCAUUGCAGUAUGGACAAACGAGUCUCUUCGUGAGAUUGAGGACCAACUUAUUUCGUUGAAGUGCAGCUUGGACAUGGUUCGAGUGCAGGUCCUCGAUGCUAGCGAUAUGGCAUUCGAUGACUAUCCCGUGAAUCACCUGAGGAACUUGGCUUUGCAGCAAGUGGAGACAACUCACAUUGUCUUCAUUGACGUUGAUUUCUGGAGUAGCGAGGGUCUCUAUGACAUUCUGACCAACAAAACUGUAACCAGUGCGCUCGUUGAAAACAAAGACAUCGCUUUGGUUAUUCCAGCCUUUCAGUUAUUUCGCCAAUGUACUUUGUGGGUCGACUGUCGAGAAAGGAAUGUUCCGUCCAUGCCGUUCUCGUUAGAUGAGUUAUUGGAUAUGCGGAGAAACAAACGCGGCCACAUCUUUGAUCCCACAAACAAAGGUGGCCAUGGUUCGACGUUGUACGAGGAAUGGCUAUUGCAGGAAGAAGGUACUCUUUUAGAAAUUCCAUGUCUCAAAUCGAAUAGGUAUGAACCAUUCAUUGUGGUCCGCUACUGCCGAGAUCUGCCACCUUUUCAAGAAGCGUUUUCUGGAUAUGGCAAGAACAAAAUGAGCUGGAUGAUGCAAUUGGUUCGUAGCGGUUACACUUUGUCCCAGCUUGGAGGGGCUUUCCUCGUACACUACCCUCACUUGGAUUCUCAGUCACGGCAACGGUGGAAUGAAGCGCCGGAUCAAUUGAAGGUUUUCAGGGGCGACGACAGAGAGCAUUUUUUCCCACUUGUACGGAAACCAAACGCAACAGACAACGGAUUGGAUUUGAAGGCAUUCAAACGGGGUCAGGUUGAUGAAAUCUUUGUUCGAUUUCGAAAAUGGCUUCAAGAGCAAGUCCCUGACAAUUCCAAACUGAAGGUUUGUGAUGAUCAUGAAGAUGACGAUUCAAAGUUGUGGGUAGAUCGUGCGGAAUAG